AGCUGUAAAGAGCAGUGAUCUUUAUUAUAGCAUUAUACAUACAUAUAACGAAUGGCUGCUGAAAAGUUCCUGGCUUUGAAUAAAAGAAAGUAUAGGAGGAUCAGUUAAUUGUGAUAUUAUGUACCACAUUCCACUCUUAGAGUCACACGCUUAUCGCAGCGGUACUUCAAUUUUUAAAGCCCUGUAAAAGAACUUGGGUCUCCAAGCAGACCUUUUGCGAUACUCUUAAAGCCAGGAACUUUUCAGCAACCUUCGUUUAUGCAUGUAUAAUAUAUAUCACGGAUAUAUAAUGAUGAACAGAAGUCAUCGUACUAUUGUUGGGCACAUCGUGGUAUGUUGAUUUUUGUUUAUUUUUUAUGUCUCGACCAUACGUGUACUGAUGAACAAAAGAUGCAGCUUACUUCACAGUUUUUGCUGUAUUAAUUGAGAAACCAGUGGUUUGCCGUUAAGUUAAAUGUUUUUAGGAGAUUAAUUUUUGAAAGUUGCAUUCCCUCGCUUUCGGUAAAUAUGUUGCUUAUUUUUUGGUAGUUUUUGACGUUUUUAGUCCCUCUAAGCGUGAGGCAUUACUAUAUAGUUAAUGCCCUUAUAUAAAUUAUAUAUUUAUGGGAAAAAGACGAUCAGUUUUUUUCCUUGAUAAAUUCUUAUAAAGAUUUUAUCCUAUAUUAUAUUAUUAUAUAUGUACUAAAAUCGAAAGGGAUUGAAGAAGAGUUAGCUACCUUAAAUAAUUUGGUGAAACGCAUGCGCAUACGAAGUGCUUCCUAUUUAAUGUUGGUGUCUAAUUAAAUGUUAUGUGCAUGAAUUUUUCUUUCUCAGCUGAUAAUCCUUAUAAUGCGUUCUUAAAAUUUAUUUCUCAACUACCAGAAACACACACAUAUAUAUAACAACACUAUCCCUUAUGAAACAUUUCCGUAAGUAUUAACCAAUGGAAAUAUUCAAUGUUUUCAACUCUGUAGACGUUCGGUUUUUGGCGCGUCAAUUCUUUGUGUCUGUUCUGUAUUUCAUGAAUGAAAGACGUCCACGAUUUGUGCGAGAUCUGGCUGCUAUUUCUAGCAGUGAAUGAGAGGUUCUAUGACUUGUGCGGGAUUGAGCUGCAAUUUGUAGCAGUGAAUGAGAGAUUCUAUAAUUUGUACGAGAUUUGGGUACUACUAAAGCAGCGUGGUCCCGAACGCGCAGUCACGCGUCCGCGCUAGCUAGUCGUGAGUGGUAGAUCCUAACCCUAAUCGCGUAUUCAUUUGCGCGCGCGCGCGCAUUUUUUGUAGGAUCGACCACUCACCACUAGCUAGCGUGGACGCUCGACUGCGUGUUCGGGAACACGCUGCUUUAGUAGUACCCGAGAUUUGGUUGAUAUUUCGGCACUACUUAAAUGCAGCGGUCCCGAUGCAUCUACGUAACGAUAUAAAGUGGCGGGUUGGGGGGAGUACUGUAAUUUUACCAAAAUCAUUUUUAAUGAUGUAAAGGGCCACACAGUUUCGCCUAUUGCUACUGCUACCCCCCCCCUCCACACAAUAUCGUCUGUUUUUAGCCUGAUAUUUUUACAGCGCCCACUCGUUAUCUUUAGUUUUUAGGGUUAGGGUCAGGUGGUGUGCACACGCUUUACAUUCGCCCAUUGUGUGAUAUUGUAAUCAACUUUUGUUUUUUUACCAACAAUACGUGUCAUUACACGUCCACACAGCAUAUGCUUUUUUGUUACGUAACACACCAGGCAGGACUUUUGAAAAAAAUCUACCAACUUCUUCGGAUCGUUUGCAAUAGUUGUAACCAGAAAUAUAUCGAUUUUGAUUUACGCGAGGGCCGCUCAAAUGAAGUCAGAAGUUUUUGUAGAACGAGAUUAUCUCCCCUUUAUCUAGAAAUGUUGGGACCUGUACGCUGUUGCCCCUUUAGUUUGAGAAAUAUUCUCAAAUACACUCCAACCACUGAAAUGUUUGGAAACGAAUACUUUUAUUUUGAUUUAUCGAUUGUUUCUCAGUAUUACCGAUGUGUGCACAACCAACUGGUAAUUUGUUUCCUCAUAACUUUCUAAAAAAUGAGUCAUUUGAAAUAAUGUUUUCUGUAAGUGUUUCAGAUGAUGUGGAUAAGGAUUAUGUAGGAAUUUGUUGUGAAAAGUACAAUUGAAUGAGGUUUAUGAAUAAUUUAUACACCUUGACUUUCUUUCCACGUCUUGUAGAUUUGAAAUUAUGCUAAAAAUUAAAGUAGAAUUCGUUUGAAAAUGAUGGGUAUGGGGAAGCCUUUUAUGAAAAAGUUAUGAAAAUCUGAUUUCCACCCUGUUUUACGACACCAAACACCAUUACAAUUCCUGGGUAGCAUGCAGUAUACAGUAUUGAAAAACAUCAGACAACGUUGACAUAACAGAAGAAACAUCCUCAAUAUCUAUCCUGUUUUGAAGACAAAAAGAAAAUAUUAUGCGAAACAGAUGUAUCAGAUUGUUUCUACAAAUAUGUGAGAGAAUUCCUGUGAAACAUUUGCUCUGAUAUAUUAGUAUUAUUAGAUAAAUUUGUGCACCUCCCUGACUGGAGUGUGAAGAAGAGGAACCUGUGUGCUGAUAAAAUUGGAUACAUUUAUGGAAUUUUUGCUAAACUGGACAGAAAUUCAACCGUAGAAAUAUUUGUAAGAAAUAAAGCAUACGAACAAAAACAAGAAAAAUAUAUAUUCUUGGAUUUGAGAAGAAAAAUAAUGGAAGAGAGAGAGAAAAUUGUAGAAUGGAUUUCCUCAGAACACAUGACAAAACAGAUGAGAUCAUAUGACAGUGAUAUGUAUACAAGGUCCUUCCUUCAAAACAGUAGCCUAAGUUUUCAUACAGGGGAAAAACCAUAUCACUGUGAUGUGUGUGGUAAAUCAUUCUCCCAAAGUAUUCACUUAACUACACACAAACGUACUCAUACAGGCGAGAAACCAUAUCAUUGUGAUGUCUGUGGUAAAUCAUUCUCUCAAAGUAGUCAUUUAUCUACACACAAACGUAUUCAUACGGGAGAGAAACCAUAUCACUGUGAUACCUGUGGUAAAUCAUUCUCUGAAAAUACUGCCUUAACAAAGCACAAUCGUAUUCAUACAGGAGAAAAGCCAUAUCAUUGUGAUAUCUGUGGUAUAUCAUACACCGAUAGUAGCACCUUAACUAUGCACAAACGUGUUCAUACAGGAGAGAAGCCAUAUCAGUGUGAUAUCUGUGGUAAAUCAUUCUCUCAAAGUAAUCAAUUAACGAAACACAGACGUAUUCAUACAGGAGAGAAACCGUAUCACUGUGAUAUCUGUGGUAAAUCUUUCUCUGCUAAUAGUUCCUUAAUUAUACACAGACGUGUUCAUACAGGAGAGACACCAUAUCAUUGUGAUAUUUGUGGUAAAUCUUUCUCUGAAAAUAUUGCAUUAACAAAACACAAUUAUAUUCAUACAGGAGAGAAGCCAUAUCUGUGUGACUUCUGUGGUAAAUCAUUCUUUCAUAACAGUAACUUAACGCAACACAAGCGCGUUCAUACAGGGGAGAAACCAUAUCAUUGUGAUAUCUGUGGUAAAGUAUUCUCUCAAAGUAUUCACUUAACUAAACACAAAUGUAUUCAUACAGGAGAGAAACCAUUUCAUUGUGAUGUCUGUGGUAAAUCAUUCUCUCAUAAUAGUGUCUUAACUGUACACAAAUCUAUUCAUACAGGAGAGAGACCACAUCACUGUGAUGUCUGUGGUAAAUCAUUCUCUCAAAGCAAUCACUUAACUGAACAUAUACGUAUUCAUACAGGAGAAAGACCAUAUCAAUGUGAUAUCUGUGGUAAAUCAUUCUCUAAUAAUAGUAACUUAACACAACACAGACGUAUUCAUACAGGUGAGAAACCAUUUCCUUGUGAUGUCUGUGGUAAAUCAUUCUCUCAGAGCAUUCACUUAACUAUGCACAAACGUAUUCAUACAGGAGAGAAGCCAUAUCACUGUAUUAUCUGUGGUAAAUCAUUCUCUGAAAAUAGUAAAUUAACGAGACACAAACGUAUUCAUACAAGAGAGAAAGGGAAAAGCGAGCAUCUUUUGUUUUUCAUCAAGAAUGUAAGAAAAGAAGACAGUAUUUCUUUGUGUAGUAACCAUAUUGAAAGACACAGUAUGGAAGAUGUGAGCGAAAUGGAUCGCGACAGGCCAAUUCAUCUCCGGAUGAGGCAAGAAAAAUAUACAAACUUGGAUUUGAGAGGAAAAAUAAUGGAAGAGUCAGGGAAAAUUGUAGAAUUGAUUUCCUCUGAACCCAUGACAAAAGAGAUGAGAUCAUAUGAUUGUGAUAUCUGUACAAAGUCCUUCUUUCAAGAAAGUGACCUACUUAGGCACAAACGUAUUCAUACAAGAGAGAAACCAUAUCACUGUGAUGUCUGUGGUAAAUCCUUUUCUCAUAAUAGUAUCUUAACUAGACAUAAACGUAUUCAUACGGGAGAGAAACCAUGUCAUUGUGAUGUCUGUGGUAAAUCUUUCUCUGAUAAUAAUCACUUAGCUACACACCAACGCAUUCAUACAGGAGAGAAGCCAUUUCACUGUGAUGUCUGUGGUAAAUCAUUCUCUCAAAGUAUUCACUUAACUGGUCACAAACUUAUUCAUACAGGCGAGAAACCAUAUCAUUGUGAUAUCUGUGGUAAAUCAUUCUCUCAAAGUAGUCACUUAUAUACGCACAUACGUAUUCAUACAGGAGAGAAACCAUAUCAUUGUGAUAUCUGUGGUAAAUCAUUCUCUGAAAAUACUGCCUUAACAAAGCACAAUCGUACUCAUACAGGAGAGAAACCAUAUCAGUGUGAUAUCUGUGGUGUAUCAUACUCUUAUAAUCGUGCCUUAAUUAUACACAAGCGUGUCCAUACAGGAGAGAAACCAUAUCAGUGUGAUAUCUGUGGUAAAUCAUUCUCUUCAAAAAGUGUUUUAUCUACACACAAACGUACUCAUACAGGUGAGAAACCAUAUCCCUGUGAUAUCUGUGGUAAAUCAUUCUCUUCAAAAAGUAUCUUAACUAAACAUAAACGUACUCAUACAGGAGAGAAACCACAUCACUUUGAUAUUUGUGGUAACUCGUACACAGCAAAUAUUGAUAGAACUAGACUCAAACAUAUUCAUUCAGGAGAGGAAUCAAAUGACUGUGAUAUCUGUGAUAAAUCAUUCACUAACCGUAGUAGUGUUAAUGCACAUAAACGUACUCAUACAGGAGAGAAGCCAUAUCAGUGUGAUAUCUGUGGUAAAUCAUUCUCUCAGAAUGGUGCCUUAACUAUACACAAACGUGUUCAUACAGGAGAGAAACCAUAUCAGUGUGAUAUUUGUGAUAAAUCAUUCUCUCAAAAAGUUAUCUUAGUCAAACACAUUCGUAUUCAUACAGGAGAGAAACCAUAUCACUGUGAUGUCUGCGGUAAAUCAUUCUCACAAAGUAUUCGCUUAACAGAACACAAACAUAUUCAUACAGGAGAGAAACCAUAUCGUUGUGAUGUCUGUGGUAAAUCAUUCUCUCGACAUAUUGGUUUAACUGAACACAAACAUGUUCAUACAGGAGAGAAACCUUAUCACUGUGAUGUCUGUGGUAAAUCAUUCUCUUAUAAUAGUAACUUAGCAAAACACAAACUCAUUCAUAUUGGGGUGAAACCAUAUCAUUGUGACAUCUGUGGUAAAUUAUUCUCUCAAAGUAUUCACUUAACAGGACAUAUACGUAUUCAUACAGGAGAGAAACCAUAUCAUUGUGAUAUCUGUGGUAAAUCAUUCUCUCAUAGUAGUAGCUUAACGAGACACAAAUGUAUGCGUACAGGAGAGAGACCAUAUCACUCCUAUCUGUUGUGAAUCAUUCUCUGAAAGUUGUAAAUUAGCUAGACACAAAUUUAUCCAUACAAGAGCUUCUGCAGUUUCUUGUUUACUGUUUAUUUUUAAUAAUCUUGCAUUUUAUGCAAUUGAAAUAAAAGCAUUUUGAAAACCUUUA